UCCAUAGUUACGAGCUUACGAGUUUGUUUACUUCAAAGAUUCUUCUUCUUUAGUAGUUUGUGUUCAAAGAGGUGCCUGCUUGAGUUCCUGUAGAUUCUUUAAUGUCAGCCCAUAAUUCCAAUACUUUGUAUAACGGAGUAACGGAGUCGUGGCCAUAGUUGAAGUUUAUCAACUAUAGUAUAACUUUAUUGUGGCCAAAAAUUGUGACUAAGAUGUUAGAAGUACAAACCAAUAAUGAUCAGACAAUACUGGAUUACCUGAAUGAGGACUGCUGGCGUGCUGUGCUGAAAUAUGUACCCGUCCAGGACAUCAUCCGGACGGAGAGCACCAGUAGACAAUGGCAGAGAGUAGUACUACAAUACUUACAAGGAGUUCACAUAAGUAUAUUAUGUGACAAUGAUAAAUCCAGGAAAACUAAUCCAAAUGCUUGUGUUUUGAAACUUUCUCAGUCUAUGUAUUUCUUAAACUACAAGUCAUUUGUUAUGUGGAUCAGUAAACUUGGCACAUCAGUUGCGGCCGCUUAUUGCGACAAUUUGGAAACUUUAAUAAGAAUCAGAGAAAACUGUCCUAAUUUAGAAAGUCUCACGCUUCACAGCUUGCAUAACCAAUGCAGCUGCUGUGGUUUAUUAGAACGGUUCCCAUACAAUCUGAACAUGGACUUCCCGUGCUUGCAGGGGCUGUACUUCUAUUCAUGUAAUAUAUCGGAUAGCUGUAUUACUAAUUUUAUAGCGGACAAAGCAUUAGAAGAAUUAGAAAUAUGCAAUUGUCAGAGAGUGACCGGGGAUUUUUUCAAUACGAUAAACUUGUCAAACGUAAAAUCUCUUGCCUUAGAAUCAUUCGAUGAUUUGGACUCGGAGCACUUGUUCUCAGCUGUCGAGCGCCUUGUUGAGCUAAAGAAGUUGGUCCUUAACUUAAUGCCUGAGGAUACAUUCAAAGGGAUACAAGUAUUGUUGGAUAUGAUGCCCAAAUUGGAAUAUCUAGAAAUAUAUGAUGAGAAACUAGAGACGAUGCCUUGCUAUGAUUAUAAGCCUCUAUCACGUCUGUCUUGUUUGAAGCACCUCGACGUGCAGUACCAACUGUCUGAUGAGGCUGCGGAAGCUAUAUUGCGGGGCUGCAAGGAUUUGAGGACCUUGGAGUUUAGGAACUGUGAAGAUAUGAACGGGAACUUCGUAGCGGAGGCACUGUGUCGCUGGGGCACGCGGCUCCGCUCGCUGUCGCUGAUGGCGCUGGACUUGGACGACGACGAUAUACGUCUAUUAGCGGCCAUCUUCAGGAGAUAUGAAAAAGAACAGCGACUGCAAUGGACGACGCGCGGGUCGUGUUGA